UCAUACCAAUCAUAUCCCUUAAUUGUAAGCACGUACAAGAGCUCUUUUAUAUCAAUGGCAAUGAAAUUUACCAUCUUAGUCUCCAUUUUGGUCCUUGUUUUAAUAGCAGCACAAGCCGACGAAGCUCAAGGCCUCCGACCUAUUACUGUUGCGGUUAACAUCAGCGGCAUUGUAACUUGUUCUGUGAAUGGCAGUGCUAAUGCCCCUCCCUUCGCAAAUGCUCUAGUCGAAUUAUCUUGUGGCGGAAAUGUGAUAGCCUCAGCCGUAACAAAUGCGCAGGGAGUAUUCAACAUCACUGUCAAUCCACUUCGAGUUACUCUCAACAACCUUUUAUCAUCCUGUAGGGUUAUUGUUGCUACACCACUCUCGAAUUGUAACGCGACCCUACCUACAGCUGGAACUCUUCAAUCAGCGCUACAAGUCGCGGGGACCUUCAUUCGUGGGAUACUCAACAAUGUGAAUUUAGUCCCAAUACGAUUUCGAAUUGUUGUUUGAUUCCAAAUUACUAAUCUGCAAUGUUUGAAUAAAGUUAGAAGUUGAUCUCUAUAUAAUAAUAUCAACUUUCUAUACUGUAUCAAUAAAAAAGAUAUUGAUCUCUAUAUAGUACUCUCCAAUUCCUAAUGCUU